GCGAUGUUUUCUCAAUCACAAGCGCGUGCCGCAUGAACGCAACAUUCGGUCGACGAAGCUCUUAAUCGGUGGCACUGCUUUUGCUCAAAGUAUAAAAAGUAUAUAUAAAAGUAGCAUAUUACAAAAGUAAUAUGCUUAAACACAAUCCAAUGUGUGCUGAGUUAGUGUCUUGCCUCAGGGUGUCGAAAUUUCCAGUAUAAGGCGUACUUAGCAAGUGCGUCGAUUCUUCGGUCCUAUUCAGAUCUGGGUAUGGGAAUUAUGAGCUUAACACAAAGCUGCCUCUGCGAGCCAAGGAGCAGGAACAGGAACAGAAAGAGCAGUAGCAGCAUGUUGGACGACUUUGAUAAGGCCAGCAUCGUUGCCCAUGCCGAUGACAAUGAGUACAUAUCGCCGGCCACCCCGGAACCCCAGCUGAAUCCGGAGCCGGAAUUUGCCCAUUUGACUGAAACUAAGCGAACGAUUCAUGAUGCUAUAGCCGCACUGAACGAUGACAGUUUCGAGAAACGCAUCGCUCGUCUUCUCUCGCAGUACGAAGGGGCCAUUCGGGAGGAGUUUGAAAUUGCCCAGUACUCGCCGCAGAGAUGUAGGAAAUUGGCCCGCACUCUCACCGGACUCACCGAUGUCAUCCACACCAUAGGCAGGUCGGUGCGACAGGAUAAUGCCUAUCGCCAACGCAUGUGCAAUAUUGUGGCCUUCUACAUAUCCUGUGAACUGUGCUCUGCCCAAGAGCCAGUCGAAAAGGAAGAGCUCAUCAUCAAUCGAAUCAGUAGUUGCCUCAAGCUGUAUGUGGAAUACGGCGAGGGCGGCGCUGGCGUCCACAAGGAGCAUGUUCUCCGCACUCUUCUGGCCGCACCAAAGUUGUUUAAUCGGGCUAGCAUUCUAUCGGUGUUGUACAGCCGCCUCUUUCCUCAUUGGUCUAUGCCUAGCAUUAUGAUUCAAGCGGAGCUGCCGGACAAACUUUACAUCGAAUAUAUUUUAAUAUUUUAUUACUGGCAACGACUCGAGCCCGAUGAGGCAGUCAAGGAGCGGAUUGUCGAGUUCGCCGACAAGUUUAUGCGGCCCUCAAAAACACUGGCCACGACCAGUAAAUACGCAGAGUACUGUACCUACAGUGUCCGAGCCACGGCCACGCGCUCUAUACUGAAUCAGCUGCGCCAGAAUAGCUGCACAAGCCUGCAUGCGGCCAUCAAAGUUGAGAAUCGGCCGCCGCACUCCAGCGAAGUGGUAAUCAGUUCGGAUGAUGAGGACAGCUGUCCACUCUGGAGCAGCGUUAGGUCGAGGACGCCAACGCCUUCGUCCAGCCAGCAUCCCCCUGUCUUUCUCCAGAAUCUCUGCAAAAAUGCCCGCCAGCUGGAGCCCUGUAAGAGAGCCUCGGCUUUGUUUAAAGGCAUCGAUAACACCGUUGAGAUUGUGGAUCUCCGCGAUUCCGAUGAUGAUGUAGAAAUGUUCUCUCUCGACUUCAAUGUGCCAGCCAAUGUGGAUGGCAACAACUCGAACUCAAAUUCAAAUUCAAACUCAAACUCAAAUGAUUCAGCCAGUCAGUCCCUUGCGGAAGAUGACUCUGUGCCCGUCACGCGGAUAUAUCCGAGCAACCUGAGGACCUAUGAGCGAGGUCCAAGUGCUGCUGCCAUCUCUGUCUCUGUCUCCGAAUCACCCCCACCCACCACGUACAUAGUGCCCCGAAUAGUCAAUAGCUAUAGCUGUCGAAGGGACAGCCUCCAUCUGGUGUCCACAACAGCCCCGCAUCUCGUGGAUCAGUCGGUUCAAACGACCGUGGAUGAAGAAGAGCUCGAGGAACAAAUACAGGAAGAGGAUGCACUGCCCCCGUGCCACCUCAACUCGGACAAUCGGCUACCGGGCACAACCACAACUAAAACCACCGACCUGCUCUACUCAGUCCAUAGAAACGCCGACAGUCGCUUUCCCAGGAGCAGCAGCGCAAGUAGCAGCGAUGCCAGCACCCACCAGCACCAGCACGUACAUCACUGCCGCCAGCCAUCUAGUCAGAAUAGCAACUGCAGCGAGAGUUCGAUGCAGAAAAAACAGGUUACCUUUAGUCCCCUGCACCUGGGUAAAACUGCCUCGAGAGCCAGCACAGUCGCAUCCAAGAAGGCAGAUAUAAAACGGUUCGAGACAUCGCCAGCCUUAAAAGCGGACCGCAUUGACAAUCUGAAGUGGAUGGCUCUCAAAGAGCACAUUCAGGCUAGCGCCAAGAUGUUCGCCAAACUGAACGCAAGUAGUAACAAUUGUGAUAGUAAAGGAAGAUCCAGUGGUUACAAAGAGAUUACCGAGAUUCCGGGGAGCAUGGCCUCGCCGGUCAGAAGUGCGCCCAGAGCGGCCCAAAUCACCGCCUCCCAGCUGACACCGACUACGAGCCAUGCCUCCAGCUGCACGCCCACACGCAUGAGAGGCACACCCCGAGGGCGAGGGGAAUUGCCCACGCCUCCAGCGUCUACGCACAGCUCGGCCAGUCCAUAUCAGGUACUCAGAGCGUCCACCGAUACCCUGAGCUCUAUCGACAUGGAGAAACUCGAGGGGAAUGCUAGAGUGUACAGCUUCAAUCGACGCCUGUUCUCCAAGGCAGCUAACGAGCAUGUAAGUUUCUACAACCAGCUGUUGAGCGUGCAGCGGAAGAAUCUCCGGCAGCGGAGAUUGGCCAACCGCACCAACAAGAGUAAUCCUGUAGAUCCGAGGCAGCAGGAGCUUAUAAAUAAGGCCAGGAAGCGGUGCCAGCAGCUACGCGCUCUUAAUGCCAAGAAGCGAAACGAGGCGGAGCAGCUGCAAAAACACCUGACGACCAUAAGGAAUUAUGCCAUACGGGGCAAGCCCAUUGUAAGACUGAAACGUUGCAAGCUCAAUGUCUGGGCGGGAACUGUCGAGAAUUCGCAUCGAUUAUCCACCUCGUUAAAUGAACCAGCGAAUGGCGGUGAAUCGGGUAAGGAGCCGUCUGAGGACAAUCAGCAGAUACAGAAAGAGAAAGAGGAGCAGUUGGAGCAGAGUCAAGCCAAGCAACGACGUCGAAGGGGCCACAGCGUUUGGAAGCACAUCAAGAAAAAAAAGAAGCUUUCGUUGUCCUCUCCAGAAGUUGCUUCGGACACAGUGCCAGUUGAAGUUCCAAAUCCGAAUCCAUCGCCAGAGUCAGAUGUUGAAUCUGUGACCGAGCCAGAUCCAAAAGAUCCAGAGCCAAUGCCAGCGGGAGCGGCAGCUCCUCAGGAACCAAAAUCCCUUCCAGAGGUUGGCAUGGAGCUAGAAAUUCAGGAAGACGGCCUGGGGGCGGAUGACAGCAACGCCGUGCCCUCCCCCGCCCACAACAUCGAAUUGGUGACCAGCAAUGUGCCGGUUUACCUGCUCAACGGGGAGAGUCGCGAUGUGAGCACCCCUCUAUCCAGCCAAUUCAGUAGCAGCGGAUCCACUGAGCCGGCAGCAGCUAAUGAUACCUUUGUCCCAUCGAGAAAAGAUUAGGUCUUCGUCCUUUCCUUUCCUUUCCUUUCCCCUAGCCUGGAUAGUAUUUUAGUGUUUUGUUGAUAUUUAGAGAGUAUCCCUAUCCUGUAAAACUGUUGUACAGUCUAGGUAUAUUGUCUUAAUGCAGUUUCUAGAAAAUUACGAAUUACGAAUUGUUGAAAGUUAUUAUUAUUAUUUUGUAUUUUUUUUACAUCUUCCCUUGCAAUAUUUCCCCUUAAAAUAAACACGAACACGAACCAAAA